UUUUCAACUUCAAUAUUAACAUUAAUCUAUUUUAUCACAUGUAAUAUUUUACAUCAACCUUUUGAUUUAGUAUAAAAAAAUAUAGUUAUUUCAUGGUUAAUGCUUAAAUUCCAUUUUACAUAACUCUCACUCCUCACCCGCUAUUUAGGUAUUUAUACAGUACAAAUGAACUUGUACAAUACAAAUUAAAAAAAAAAAAAAAAGUGAAGUACGGUAGGAAAUUGGAAUUCACCGUAGAAGAUCAAUUUGUGAGAGGUGCACCCAUUACCCAAUACCCUAACGAAAAAAAAAUAAAAAAUGGCGUGUACUCUACGAUUCUUUGUAUAUUGUAACCGCUCCUACUCAUAUUAAAAUAGUUAGAGAGGGCCCGAAUUUUCAAUCUCUGAAAAAAAAACUCAAGCCUUUGCUUCGCCCCCGCAGUCCUCUCUUUCUGUCUCCCACUCUGCGCCUUGCCCACUCCCGCCUCCGGUCAUCUUCCCGUCGUGAUUCCGAUAACCUUCUCCUACCGCCACUCACUGCCGCCGCUACCUGUUAAAGGAUUUUGAAUCUUGAGUUGCAGUAUCUCUCAAGUCAACCAUGGUUUACACAGCUAUCGAUACAUUCUAUCUAACGGAUAAACAACUUAAGAACACACCUUCAAGAAAAGACGGAAUAGAUGAAGCCACUGAAACGACACUUAGAAGAUAUGGCUGUGAUCUUAUACAAGAGAGUGACCACAACAAGUAAUGGGCACAGGUCAAGUUCUAUUUCAUCGGUUUUAUUGCAAGCAAUCAUUUUCUAGUUUCAACGUGAAGAGAGUUGCUGCUACUUGCCUUUGGCUUGCGUCAAAACUAGAGGAAAACAUUAGGACUCUAAGGCGAAUCAUCAAUAUUUUUCACAUAAUCGAAUGUAGAAGGGAGAAUCUACCUUUAGAGCAUUUGAAUACAUCUUCAAAGAAAUAUCUGGAAUUAGAGGCGGAUUUGAAAAGAUGCGAACUACAAGUACUGAAGGAAAUGGGUUACAUCUGCCAUGUUGAACUUCCUCAUAAACUCAUGGUAACUUACCUUGAAGUUCUUGAAGCACCCCAUCAGAUGAUACAAGAAGCGUGGAAUAUUGCAAACGACAGUUUGCGUACAACUUUAUGUGUGCAGUUGAAGAGUCACGUUGUGGCAUGUGGUGUUAUAUACACUGCAGCUCGCAGAUGCUAUGUUCCUCUUCCUGAAAACCCUCCAUGGUGGGAACUAUUUGAUGCCAACAAAAAGGACGUAGAUGAAGUUUGCAGAGUUCUAGAUCAUUUAUAUAGUCUAACCAAAGUGCGCUAUAUACCUGUAUGCAAAGAAGAUGGUUCAUUUACAAUGUGUAAUACAUCAUUGGAUUCACGAUCCCAACCUCUUGCAAAGGAAGGUGCAUCAAGUGGUCCACUGAUGCUUGAUGAUGCAAAUACAAGGAAGGUUGAAGCAAAAGCUGUUUUAAAGAGCAAAGAACAUGUAACAGAUGAAAAGGAAAGGAAAAGUCACAAGUGUAAAAAGGACCGAUUCCGGAAGAGAAAGGGAGCAAGAUGGUUGUCAAGAGGGGUAGACAAAAAGUAAAGACUGAAAUAUUAUUACUAGGCUACUAGCUUCACCACAUAUACAAUGAAGAUCCUUCCUAGAAAUUACAUUAAUACUUGAACCAUCAUUUUCCAAUAUACCACUUGAGUAGCAUUUUGUUAAUUAUCGCUUGUACAAAAUCAUACUAUUAGUUUUCUUAGCUUUAAUUUUUAAAUCAACAUUCCCACAUUCCACAUCAUCUACGA